CUCUCAGGACUCCACAGAAAGACACACGCAGGAAUCUGAUACUUUAGCACUCACAAAGUAGCAAUUACCAGAAACUGAUCGGUCCAUGAGAAGUUUCUUGACGAUCACGGCCGUCUCUGACACGGAAUGGCAUAAAGAGCUUUUGAUCGACGAAAGUCGCAAGAAGCUUCGCUACGAAAAUCUGUUCUUCCCUGACGCACGCAUCUUUCUUCCACAAAAGAAAUCCUCGUCAAUCUGAAAAAUCCUCAAUCCGGUUCCAUGGCUGUGCCUUGCUUGUUCCUUUGAUCUUUGCUGCAACUUCGGAGAAAGUAAGAGAAGACGAAGGAGGAGGUCUUGUCUUCCUCCUUCGCAUGGUAUUACUACUACAGGCCGGUGCAGGGCUUUCCCCUGCCGAUCGCUGCCUGAACUAGCAGCGUACGUGAAUAUGGGCGGGAUGUUGAGCGCGCUGUUCGGCGGCCACCGGAGGGGACCGGCCGGGGCAGAGAGGAUGGCGUCGACGAGGAGCCGUGGGCUGCCGGGUAACACCGGCGGCGACGGCGAUCACCGACGGAGGGCGAUGCUGUCAAAGAAGUACUCGUACAUACCCGACACCUACACCUCUCUGGAGCAGGUGACGGCGGCACUGCGCGACCAAGGCCUAGAGUCAUCGAACCUGAUACUCGGGAUCGACUUCACCAAGAGCAACGAAUGGACUGGGAAGCGGUCGUUUAACGGACAGAGCCUGCACAAGCUGGGCAGCACGCCCAACCCUUACGAGACGGCCAUCGGCAUCAUCGGCAAGACCCUCGCUCCUUUCGACGAGGACAACCUCAUCCCCUGCUUCGGCUUCGGCGACGCGACGACGCACGACUACAACGUCUUCAGCUUCCACCAGGACAACUCGCCGUGCCAUGGCUUCGAGGAGGUGCUGGCCUGCUACCGGAACGUCGUGCCGCACCUCAGGCUGUCAGGGCCAACGUCUUUCGCGCCGAUCGUGGAGGCCGCAGUCGACAUCGUGGACAGGACCGGAGGGCAGUACCAUGUCCUGGUCAUCGUCGCCGACGGCCAGGUCACGAGGAGUAUUGAUACGAGCGAUGGCGAUCUGAGCCCGCAGGAGAGAAGAACGGUGGACUCCAUUGUCAUGGCUAGUUCUUACCCGCUGUCAAUCGUGCUGGUCGGAGUUGGGGAUGGCCCAUGGGAGGACAUGCAGAAGUUCGACGACAAGCUCCCCGCGCGCGCCUUCGACAACUUCCAGUUUGUGAACUUCACCUCGAUCAUGUCGAGGAACGCGACGCUGCAGCAGAAGGAGUCGGCCUUCGCGCUCGCCGCGCUCAUGGAGGUGCCCAUCCAGUACAAGGCCACCAUGGAGCUCGGCAUCCUUGGCCGGACGACGGGGAAGGCCAAGAGGGUCGUGCCGGCUCCGCCACCGCUGCCGGCGUCUUCGCAGAGGCAGCCGUCGUCGUUGCGGCGGGAAGGUAGCGGCGCGAACGCCACGGCGCCGGCGGAGCCAAGAGAGGAUCAGGUGUGCCCCAUCUGCUUGACCAAUGCCAAGGAUCUAGCAUUUGGCUGUGGCCACAUGUGUUGCAGGGAGUGUGGGGAGAACCUUACCAGAUGCCCAAUAUGUCGAGAGACAAUACGGUCCAAGCUGAGGCUAUACUCGGGAUGAUAGCAACCAAACCUAUAUUUGUAUUUGUUCCAAAUGUGAAUCAUUGUGCAAAGGAAAUGCUACGAUUAAUUGUUGAUACUCAUCAGGCUUCCUGAAUUAUUCUGAUUGUUUGGUUCUACCCU